ACGAAAAAAUUUCUUCUUAUUUCCAAGACACGCCAUCUUUGCUAUGGUCAUAUGAUCACUUCCUCGAAGUAAUGAGACCUCUGAUCAUUAAGGAAAUUUGUUCUGCUGAACUUUCUUCUAUUUGGCGAAAACGGUGGUUAAAAAUGCUUAAGGCAUUAAAAGAGAAAGAAGAUGAUGAAGCACUUUGCAAACUUCUGACAUUGUUAUCUAAUCAGCUCAGAAGGGGUGUCGUUCCUCUACUCUUGCAAGAGAGUCGCCUUCGAAGGGGUGCCGUUCCUCUUGGGGUUGCUGAGCCAUGGGACGAUUCUUAUGGGGGUGCCGUUCCUCCUUGGAUUCCCAGUAAACAAACCGUUUCGACUACAAAAUUCUGGAAGAAAGUGACGCAGGAAAAAAAUCAAUUAAAUGCGGAAGAAAAACUUCGACAUAGAAGGUCUGUUUUUAAGGUCAAUUCCCAAGUAGAUGCAUUGGACGUAUUAGAGGCUGCACGAACACAGCAAACAGUUCUAUUAACUAGUGAACUCGGAACUGUACAAGAGCAAGAACAAAAUACUUCGGAGGUAAUUCAAGCAAAUGAGAACGACCCCGGAACAUCCGAACCUUCUGUUUUAUUGCUGCUUCGUGAAAAGAGGAAGAGAGACGGUGAUGAGGAAGUCCUCAUGGACAUUCUUGGAAAUGAUUUGGAGUGUUCCGAUCCUAUGAGUAUAAUUUGCCUUGAGCAUAUCAGAAAUCAUCCUAAUGUUGACGUAGUCGACUUACGAAUGAAAUCCAAAUUCUUUAAGCAACUCUCGAUCGAAACUGCCGAAGAUUACCAUCAUGAUAUGGAAGCUGAAACAGAUACAUUGAUUCCAGAUAAUGUUCACAAUUUUCUUGUCAAUUUUUUUUCGCAAGAGUUAUCAGAGGUAGAAUGGCUAAAUAAAAUCGACGAUUUGCAAUGUCCGAACAAUGACGACAAACUAUUGGUCGCAAUGACAAGGAUAAUUCGAAGAACGCUACCACAAUUUGUAAAAGCGUUCUCUCUUGGAGCAUUCAAUCCAUUAUUGGAUAUAACAACAAUUGAAAGACCACACCUAAAUGCAUAUGUUCAUCCGUGCUUGGAAGCAACUUUAUGGAACGUCGCUCGAAUCAAUUAUGAAUUUGGGGAAAUUCCCAGUAGGAAUCAUGUGAAAAGGGAAUGCGCCGAUGGCGUUGGAUAUAUUACUGGCGCUGAUAAGUUUCAGUUAGUAUACGUUGAAGGGUCAAAACCGAUGGCGAGGGAGGAUAAGGAAGUCGCAGAUGCCGAAAAAAUUUCUAAAAAUUUAAAAAAGAUUUUCUCAAAAAUUGUGAUUGAAACUAUAAAGAACCGAAGACGUCUCCCGGAAGAUCUGGCUGUUUUUGGGGGACAGAGCUUCCGGCUCCGGAUACACUUGUUUUACUUAAACUAUUGUGGUAAAUAUUGUCUUCAUGAAGUCGACAAUUCAAAUCUACCUCGUGAUUUUUCAGAAAUGGCCGAUUUUGUAUGUUUUUAUGAAAGCAUAAUUAAGUGGGCGUUACUCAUUGAUAAGAUGGUAAUAGGAUUUAAAAAUGCAAGGUACGAAAAAAGACCGUCAAGAUUAUCGUACGCAAGUCUUAAAGAUCAACAUGUGAUCCCGCAUUUG